AGGUCUAUGGAGUCAUGGAAAAAAAUUACAGAAGGCUUUAAAAAGAUCCACAUUGUCCCUCCGUCGAGUAACAUCUGGUCAAAAGACCGGGGUUCAUUUACUGCUGCCUUUACGUCCUCCAUUGAGCCUUCCUCCCUUCUCGGUCUGCGGGAACAACUGAAAUAUCGUUUUUUUUUUUCGUGUUCCAUAAACCCCACACGCGAAAAUGCCUAGCAAGAGGAAGAAGAAUAAGCGCCGCAUGAGGAGGGUGCAGGCACAGAGGAGAGUACUGGAGGAGCAGUAUGCCGUGACCAGUAAGGGAACGCCGGGCAUCGCGGCGGUCAAAGCACCCCCUGGAUCGCUGCCCAAAGCGCCCCCCAAAAAAGCAGUCCCCAAGGCUGCCCCCAAGGCGGUGCCUAAAGCAGUUCCAAAGGUUCCUGAAGCUGUCCCCAUCGCUGUCCCUAUAGUCAAGGUCCCUGUUGUGGCACCGGAACCAGUCCAGAUUGCGGCACCGGUCGAGGUUGUGGCACCAGUUGAGGUACCAGAACCAGCCCCAGUUGAAGUACCUGAACCAGCACCAGUUGAAGUGCCAGAACCAGCCCCAGUCGAGGUACCAGAAGUCCCAGUCGAGGUUCCAGAAGCUCCAGUUGAGGUUGUAGCGCCCGAGCCUGAGGUGGUCGAGGCCGAAGUGGUCGAGGCCGAGGUUGUUGCCCCAGCAGAAGCCCCCGUAGAGAGUCUGCCCCCAACAGAAAUAGCUGCUGCAGUGCAAGAGGCCGAAUCUGUCAUUCCAGAAGCAGAACCAGAGGCUACACUCCUACCCGAGGCCCACUUGUCAGCCCCUGCUGAGUUUGAGGUCCAGGUGGAAGACUCCAUAGCCAUCGUCACCGAUGUCCCUGAGACGCAUGUCAUCCUGUCGGAAGUCCCUGCUGAGGCAGAGGCUGUCGUUGAGGCCGAGGCCGCCGUUGAGGCGGAAGCAGAGCCUCUGGUUCAAACUGAGCCCCUGGCUGAGGCAGGAGAGAAGGCAGUCGUCGAGGCAGCAGCGGAGCCCAUCGUGGAAGUUGAGGCAGAGGCCACCGUGGAAGUUGAGGCAGAGCCCAUCGUCGAGACUGAGGUUGUCACCAAGGCAGUCGUAGAGGCAGAAGCCGAGCCCGUCAUUGAGGCCGAGGCCAUCGUAGAAGCUGAGGCGGCCCCCGUCGUUGAGGCCGAGGUCACAGCGGAGGAGACGCUCGUGGAGGCCGCGGUGAUCGAGGCCGUGGCUGUCGAGACCGAGGACGUACCUGCCCUGGCAGAAGCCCCAGCGGAGAUUCCAGUGGUGGCUGCAGUCAUCUCAGAGGUGGAGGCCGAGCCGGUGGAAGCCCCCGUAGCUGAGCCAGCCCCCGUGGAGGUCGUGGAAGUGGCCGUCGCCGACUGUGUGGCCGACGACUUUGUCAUCACAGACUCCGCCCCCGUAGUAAAGGCGGCCAUGGCUGAGCCUGAGCUCGCCGUCGUGGAGGAACAGGUGCCCGCAGUCACAGCUGACGCUCUCGACGCCCUAUCAGAAUCUCUGAAUGACAUCACACCCGCCCCUGAACCCGUUCCUAUCUUGGCCCAUGAGGUCAUUGAGGAGGCAGUGUGUGAGGAGGAACGGUUGACCAAGAUGGGGGAGAGAGACGACAGUUUACCGCCUGUGUUCCAGCCCUCUGACGAGGCCCUACUGGCGAAAGAGGAAGUCGAAGUCCAGCUGGAGGUGGAGGUCCAGAAGGACGCCAUCGACGAGACGACCGCCCUGGAGGCCCUAUCGGGAGACUUCUCUGCCCCCCCUCAGCCAAUCAUCUCUGAGCUCCAGUGUCACACGCUCACCUUAGUGGAUCCUGUUCCAAUUCCCUCUAUGGAGGUGGCCGAGGGCGCUCUGAACGGCCACGUCACAGCAGAGGUGGUCAUCGAGGGCUAGGUUGCUAGGGGUCUUCAGUCAGUACAAAACUGACCCGCGCCUAACAGGAAACAAACAAAAACUUCCUUUUUUCCAAUGUAUUUUUUAUUUUUUUAGGGCUUAAAAGGGACCGCUGGGAAACUGAAUGGACAUCAACACUCAAAAGUGCCUUUCCCACUUGGGUUCUCGCCGAAAUAAAUCACCACAAACAUGUUCCUGGUGCCACGUGGAGGCAGAAGAUAGACAGUAUUGGAUGACAAAUUAUGGCUUAUUUCAUAGAUUUUUCAGUAUCCCAGAGGGAUGAAUUUGCAUCGGAUGUAAAUUGCAUACGUUGUGUAUAAAUACCGUAGAAUUCAUGAAUGUGGCGAUAGUCUGUAUCUUUUGGACCAUGUUUGUAGGGGUGGGAUGGAGGGACAUUUCAUUGUGUUUGAUAUUUGAAUCCAGUUUUUUCUAGUUGUUCUCCCAUCCUAAAGGGACAUGAUGAGAGAUCAGGCUGUGCCCCCCCCCCCCCCCAACCCCCUUUUCCCUAAUGUGGUGCCGUUUUUUUUUAAAGGGAUAGUCCGUAACAGCCAACUCUCCUUUAAGGUUCAGUGUACCCAGUCCCGUUGAGUGUCUGGCCAGGUGGUAGUGUGACACCUCGAUCUCGGCCAAUCACAGGCUCAGCUAGCGCUUAACGUUCGACAGACGCGGGUCAAACGUGCCCCUGUGGAGGAGGGGGGAGCCGAGUAGAAAGUCCUGUUUUAGUUCCUUUUAUUUUUUUUCUUCUCUCUUUUCUAAUUGUUUUGUAUAGACCAUACCAUGUGGUACAAUGCGGUUUAUGCGCUCACGGUCUGUCCGUGCUCGGGUGGGACCUCGCUAGGAGCUGAACGAGCGGAGAUGGAUUGACUUUUGAAUAAAGAUGUCACUGACUGUGACUCAUGAA